CGACAGUUAUCGCCUGGACAACGAGACAAAGAACGGGUCUCCUGUGAGCUACAGUAAUUGGAUGGGCAUGGCGCUGCCUCUGUCAGCUAUCUGUCUGGUCAUUGCUUGGUUUGUGCUACUGCUGGUCUUUUUGGCGCGCAGAGGUUGCAUGAAACAAGACACAGAGCAGGCCCUGGCGGUAAAAAGCGUCAUCAGAGAAGAGUGGAGGAAACUGGGACGUAUUCA